UACUCGACUAACUUGGACCCGCUUUGACAACAACUUUUGAGUUCUUUGCUCUGACUUGAUAUGAAUUCAAAACAAAGAAUUAGAUCGCACAAGCUGUUUUUCAUAGACUAAAGUGUAAAGAGCAAGCGGUUUGGGAAUUUCUGCAGAUUUUUCUUUCACUCUGGUUUUUCCAGCAUUCCUUUGUUGCAGAAACAGAUGCUUCUUCCUGUUCAUGUGAGAGUGAAACAUUUCCCACUGUAAUGGUGUGUUAAAGGGAAUUAUACUGGAUGUUUGUGCAGCCCUGGAACAGUUCAUUCUGACUUUUAGGACUGUCUUAGCCUGAUCACUGAAACUGUGUAUUUAUUUGUUUACUUCGCCAAUGAAGUAGUUUAUAAUUUCAGACAUAAUUAAUAAGGAAAACUAAUGGUCCAGUAAUUAAGGUUUUCUGUUUUUUGUGUGUCUGAUUGUGUUUUUGCUCAGUGACUGUCUUUUUCAGUUGGACUACUGUACAACAUCUUAGGAUGACAUUUGGAUGUGUCUUGUGACACAAAAGUGUCAAAGUACACAAACUACAAAUAGCUUUUACUAGCAGGAACCUGUAAGUGUGUGUGUGUGUGUGUGGGUGUGAGGUUCGACAGUAAAACUUUAAAGUGGUGAUCUAAUGUCUCAGCAGUGCAUGGUGUUUUCAUCCAAAAAUGUUGUAGUAGUACGUAACUGCUCAUGAUUUCAGUAAAGAGUAUGAAAGUAUAAUACAGCAAAUAGAAAACUGCUGUGAAGAUAUACCUUUUUUCACACCCUACAGUGAGUAAAACAAUUGUUCGUUCAGCUGAAGACCUCCUGGGACUUUCUGACUGACCCCUGACUGCAUUGGAAAAGAAGUUUUCCAAGCAGAAAUCACCUCCUCGCCAUGUCCUGUGAUUCAGACCCUUACAUCUUCUCCACCAACACCCUACCCAGUGACCUCCGCUUCCUCCCUCCACUGGCCAAUGGGCUUUUGGGCUGGAGGGUGUACAACAAUAUCAUGCACAUGGGGGGUGUGUAUAACGGGGAGGGUGGACGUUGUCACCGUGCAGAUAUCCCCUGUCCUCUAGCUAUCAAAAUUGAGAUGGAGGAACCUGCACAACAUACUUACAGUCUGGACACACACACAGGCAUUUUUACACACACUCUGAGCUCAGCCAGAGUUACAGCCUCACAGUCUUUGUAUUCACAUCGAUUCCACUCCAACCUGAUGGUGAUGGAGAUUUUGUUGGUGCGGCAGGUGACUUCAGAGGAGCCAAUUACUGUUAAGCUGGUCAGCUCGUUCUCACCUCAGAGCAAAGACAUUGCUUUUGAGUCUGGUCCUGAUUACAAAGGAGGGAGGCACAUUCAAGGACAGACGACCACUGCUGAGUUCCCCGGCAGCUCCCGUCCCACAGUGCAUCUGAUCUGGAUCCCCGUACCUCAGACUCUGACACUGCUUCCAGAACAGAGCCAGGCUCGCUGGGGCUUCGUCCUGGUUAUGGCCAAUAGUUUAGAAUCUGCUGAGGCCAGUUUUGAUGAGGCCCUGAAUCUGAUGGCGACUGGUAACCUGCGUCUGUCGCACGAGAAGGCCUGGAAAGAGCUGUGGCUGCAGAGCCAGGUGGAAGUGGCUGGGUCAGAGAGCCUCUGCAAGGCUCUGAUUGGCUGCAUGUUCUACCUCCUCAGUGCCUUUCCUUCCAUACAUGACACCUCCAACUCUUUUGGCGGAGUCAGUCCAGGUGGGCUGUCUAAUGGUGGGGAUGGUCAGGACUACUGGGGCCACGUUUUCUGGGAUCAGGACAUCUGGAUGUAUCCUGGAAUAGCCCUUUUCUACCCCAAGUUAGCCAGAUCUGUGCUGGAGUACCGGGUGGGGACCAUAGAUGGCGCAAAAGACAAUGCCCAAAAGCAGGGCUACAAGGGACUAAAGUUCCCAUGGGAGAGUGCUGUGUCAGGGAGGGAGGUGUGUCCAGAGGACAUUUAUGGACAACAAGAGAUUCACAUCAAUGGAGACGUCACCCUGGCCUUUCAACACUAUCUCUACCUCACUGAGGAUCUGUCCAUGUUCAGAGAGGGACAGGGCAGCAAGGUGAUAUAUGGUGUGGCUGAUUACUGGGUUUCUAGAGUAAGAUGGAAUCCAGAGGACCAGAAAUAUCACCUCCUAGGUGUCAUGCCACCUGAUGAGUAUUAUUACAAUGUCAACAACUCUGUGUACACAAACACAGUGGCCAAAUUCAGUCUCCAGUUUGCCGUAGAGCUGGCGGAGCUUCUCCAACAUCCUGCACCAAAGGAAUGGAAAGAAGUGGCCGAACACAUCAAGAUACCUUUUGACCAAGAAUCCCAGUACCAUCCUGAGUAUGAUGGCUAUGUUAAAGGUCACCCAGUGAAGCAGGCAGACACGGUGAUGCUGGGAUAUCCUCUUGGAUUGCCAAUGUCUCUGGAGGUCAGAAGAAAUGACCUAGAAGCGUAUGAGCCAGUAACAGACCCUCGUGGUCCAGCAAUGACAUGGGGUAUGUUUGCCAUCGGCUGGCUGGAGCUGGGGGAGGCUGAGAGAUCUCAACGUUUACUUGAGAAGUGCUUCAGCAACAUCCAGGGCCCGUUCCAGGUAUGGAGUGAAUCAUCAGAUGGCUCUGGUGCAGUCAACUUUCUCACGGGUAUGGGAGGAUUCCUGCAAGCUGUGCUGUUUGGUUAUACUGGCUUCAGAGUUCAGAAGGAGUGCCUGGCCUUUUCUCCACUUCUUCCGAAUGACAUUUCCGAGCUCUGCAUUCGUGGUGUGAACUACCUGGGCAGUCAGAUGGACUGGCUGCUGAGGAAAGAUGAAGUUUGUGUCAUACUGAGGGAACAAGCAAGGAGUGAUGGCAACGUUAAGCCCUAUGAUCUACAGGUUGUCCUGAAGGCAUCAGGAACUAAAAUCCCUCUCACACCAGGCCAGCCGGUAACUUUUCCUCGAGAGCCUGGGUGUGUGUGUAAACUGACUUCGACGUCUUUCUGCUGGCCUAUCUGAAACAGGACCUCUGACCCUCCUAAUCAUUCCAUAUACGCAUAAUUAAAAAUAUGCUGAGCAAAUUAUUUUAUAUCUAGACUGUUGCUACACGUUGUAUGCUAACAUUCACUUGACCAAUCAUGGACAAAAUGUAUGAAAUUCAAUAAAGAAAGGCAACAUGAA